CAAACCUUUAAUUACUAUAAAGUGUUAGAAAAGUAUAAAACAAUUGAAUUAUUGUUAGUUUUGGUCCAAAAGUUAGUUUCAAGACAUUUGGUGUUUGAAUGUUUGCAUUGAAGUGAAUGUCAAUUACAUUGAGAUCUCAUCGCAAAUGGCUUUAAAGGACUCACAAACCGCUAAAUUAUAUCUAUUUUGUUAUAAUUUAAUCCAAUUUUUUGGAUGGUCGUACGGACUGGUAGUGGUGGUGUCGGGAGUGGCAGCGAAGGGCAACUUCACGGGUGUAUACGAAUGGGUGCGGACAUCGGUGUCUAUCUUCCAGACGCUUCAGCUCAUAGAAGUGGUGCACUGUUUGAUACGUCUGGUGCCGUCCAAUGCCUUCCAGACACUGAUCCAAGUGUUGUCGCGACUGAUAGUGGUUUGGGGUGUGUUGUUGCCGGUGGUUGAGGCGCGACAUUCGUUGGGAGUGCCGAUGCUUUUGAUUGCGUGGUCUAUCGCAGAGAUGACACGUUAUCUGUAUUAUGCGCUCAAUAUCUACGAUGUGGUGCCGUAUGCGCUAACGUGGCUCCGCUAUACCCUCUUUAUAGUGCUUUACCCGAUCGGAGUGUCCGGUGAACUGCUAACCAUUGUAUCGGCCAUUCCCUACAUCCGAGACCGCAAUCUCUUUGCAAUAUCUUUGCCUAAUUUUGCAAACAUUUCCUUUUAUUAUCACUAUUUGCUGGCAAUAGUCAUACUGUCGUACAUUCCUUUUUUCCCUCAAUUAUACUUCUAUAUGAUCGCUCAGAGGAAGAAAAUUCUCGGCAACACUUCCGUCACUGCCUGUCAAAAGACAAAGUGACCGCAAGUAUCCAUUCUAUAGGUUUUUAGUCAAUUACCGUUUCACAGGUUUUGGGAAUUUUUUUAUGUAAACUUUUUAUACAUUAUAUUACUUUACAUUUUUAAAAAUAAAUUUGUUUUAUAUAAAUGA